UCAGCACAGAUGAAAUGGCGAUUGGUUAUCUCUUCCUCUUGCCAGCCCCUUAAGGAUCCGAGGAGGGGCAAGCAGAGGUGAAGAGCCAGCAAAGCUGCCUGAGCUGGCUGAGGACGGCUCCCAGGUUCUGCACGGAACUGGCCACUGUAAAUGGUUCAACGUGCGCAUGGGGUUUGGAUUCAUCUCCAUGAUAAACCGAGAGGGAAAUCCCUUGGAUAUUCCAGUGGAUGUAUUUGUACACCAAAGCAAACUGUUCAUGGAAGGAUUUAGAAGCUUGAAAGAAGGAGAGCCAGUGGAAUUUACAUUUAAAAAGUCCCCCAAAGGCCUUGAGUCAAUAAGGGUAACCGGGCCAGGUGGGAGCCCCUGCCUAGGAAGCGAAAGAAGACCUAAAGGGAAGACCCUGCAGAAAAGAAGGCCAAAGGGAGACCGGUGGAGACGGCAGGAUUUACUGAUGGAUCAGAUGUGGACUGUGAGAGAAGAAGAGUCCAGGAUGAUUCCAAGAUGCUACAACUGUGGCGGCCUUGACCAUCAUGCUAAAGAAUGUAGUCUACCUCCUCAGCCAAAGAAGUGCCAUUACUGUCAGAGCAUCAUGCACAUGGUGGCAAACUGCCCGCACAGAGCUGUCACACAGCUGCCCACCAGUUCUCAGGGAAGACAGGAGGCAGAACCCCAGCCGUGCGCUCCUACUUCGCCCGGAGAAGCGGGAGGCGGGCAUGGCUGCACUUCACCGUUUCCCCAGGAGGCGAAGUCAGAGAUGGCAGAACGGCCACCCCAAGAAGUAUAUUCCAUGAAGGCAUUUGUAGUACCAGAAGGGCCACACAAAAAGGGGCCUUCAAUUCAAAAACGGAAAAAAACUUAAUACUUGUCAGCAUUUUCUUCACCCUGUUGGGAAGUCUACCUCAUGCAAGCACAGGGGAAUAGUAUUCCACAGAGAGCAGCUGACCAGGGAUUUUAACUACUGUUGAGGAACUGUGAAUUUUUUAAUCAGACAAAUCACUCUUAAGCAAAUUACAUUUAAGCAGGGUGUCGUGUUUUAUAGAAUUGAAAGUAUGUGCAUAAAUGAGAGGGGAGACCUGAAUUGGGGGGGGUGUUUGUGUGUGUGUGUGUGUGUG